CGAAGUUGGCAGAGACGUGCCGGCUCGCAGCUCUCAGUGUGCACGCUCCAUCUCUCAAAGGAAAUUUGAUGUAUUAGCAAAAUGUCAUGAAUGCGUCGAGGAUGGAGCGAGCGGGGAGGCGUUCGAAAGCCGGCUCGCUGAGUGGCUUGUCCGGCGGUGCGGCGGGCGGCACGCCGAGCGUGCGCCGGCAGCGCUCGCUCGAAUGGGGCGGCGACCGCUACAGCAGCAGCGACGAUGACCGCCCACAGCAAGCCCCACCGCUCGCCGACCGAGUGUUCGCUUCACUCCUCGCUCAGGCCACCCAGCAGUUUGAUGAUGAACAGCGACGAAUAUAUGGAUCAGAAGGUGGCGAGGAACCUCCUCGUUAUGUCAGCAGCCCUCAGCGUCAAGCAUCACCUUUCCCUCUUGAAAGUACAAACAGAAGGUACUAUAGAAGGAACAGAAACUCUAAAGGUGAAGAGAUAUUUACUGCUGAAGCGGCAGGCGGAACUCUAUCUCGUCGCCGUCGCGCCGAUGACUUUGGAUUGGAUAACACUACAAGGAACCCGCGACACUGCCUUAAUAACGGUCCAACAAGUAAUGUAUCUAAUGAGCGCGAAUGUGAUUCUCCCCCGGAACCAGCACCACCUGAGGUACCUCCAAGAGGUCCUUCCUUGCACGUGACACUGCGACACAGGCCUGUGCCUUGUGAACAGUCUGCUGAACCUGAUCGCCUCUACUUAUCUGAAGAUUUCAAUUAUAAAGAAGAAUUCUGA